CCCGCGCCAAUAUUAUCCGUAAUCGCCAUAAUUUGAUAUCAGCCUCUGAUUCAAUUACUCUUUAAGCCGGCCGUCAAAUUCGACUAGCGAAUCCAUGUCUUAGCCGGAUUAUUAGCUUCGCUCCUUCUUCUCAAAAACAUCAUUUAUAUAACUUUACGAAUAUAUCCACAAGUUGUUGUGAACUUCGAUAAUACUACUUUGUAACCACUAUAAAUAUUUAUGGAAAUUAAAUCGAAGGCGGAUUGUUAGUGCAGUGAAGAACGUCGACAAGAUUUACAUUAUGGACUAUUCGUAUUUGAAUCAGGCCGCCGCCGCCGGCUUUGAUUCGAGCUGCUUGCAGGCGUCCGCUAUGGAUCCAACGGGAUUGGGAAAUAUGCCUUGCUCGUAUGGAGAUCUUACCUCGUGUAGUCAAAUGUCACAAGCGGCCUACAGAUAUACUGCUGCAGCGGCGUCAAUGGCUCGAACUUACAAUCCAGCAACGGCAGGAGCUGGCGCAAUGGUACAUCACCCUGGCUCCACUGGAUCGCAAUGUGCCGUUAUGGGUGGAAGACCGCACGUUCAGGACGUUCACCAUCGAGCUGCCAUGUUUCCGUCAACCAUGAAUUUACAAAGUGGUUUACCUUACAAAGUAUAUCCUGGACACGACGGGGUCUUAACAGAGAAACGGAAACAAAGGAGAAUUCGAACGACAUUUACAUCCGCUCAGUUAAAAGAAUUAGAAAGAGCUUUUCAAGAGACUCACUAUCCCGAUAUUUAUACACGUGAAGAAAUAGCGAUGAAGAUCGACCUCACGGAAGCUAGAGUGCAGGUAUGGUUUCAAAAUAGAAGAGCGAAAUUUCGGAAGCAAGAGCGUCUAGCGCAACAGAAGGCCUCGAACAAUUCGUCGGAUGGGAAUAAUACACAGAGUAGCGUUAAAUCGGAAUCGAACGGGCCCAAAUCUAGUAUUAAUACGAAAGACAUUAAACCUGGAUCACCGCAUUCGGGCGUUUCAACGACGCCUAAUUCCAACACCAGCGUUUCAUCGCAUCAAUCAUCUAAUGGUGAUAUAAAACCAAUGAACGGUAAAUUAUCAGAAGAUUCAUUAGGCUCAAACAAUAACAAAUGGUCAUCGAUGAGUCCACAAUCCUGCAAUACCGCUCUACUGGUCCAUCAAGCCAACAAAGUACUCUCAUCUCAGCCUUCCCACCUUCAGCUCCAAACACACAGCUCGCAUCACGCGGCAGCGGCCGCCGCCGCAGCUCUCUCCGCCCCAUUCUCUUCGCUACUUGGUGCGAGCGGCGGUGCGGCUUCGUACCUUCUAGGCGAUCACCUUAAACCGACGGCCGCCACAAAUCACCUAUUCUAAACAAAAUCCAAUAUUAGAUCUAAUAUGUAUGUUAUAAAUAGGAAGAUUCCAUAAAUAAUACUUACACGAUCCUCAAAUCCGUCUUCGAAUUCGAAUUUAUUGUUACAAUAUUUAUUUUGUUUAUAUAAUAAAAACCGUAUACGAAAGGACAUGGAAUAUUGGCGGCAUGGGUUUGCUUAUAAAUAGAUUAUUUUCAUUUUAGACGAGCAGACGCCUUUUGAAUCACUUUAUAAUUCCAAGAUCUUGAACUGAAAAUAGAUCUGCACUCAUGCACAUUGAAAAUGAUCUCAAAAGGACGUCUGAAAGAUUGCUCGUCAAUGUAGGUUAGAAUGUGGUCUUGAGGACCUAUAAGUGGUGUAAAUAAUUUGUAAAAAACUGAUUGAAUGAAAAUUUUAUAAAUGCAAUUGUAAAUAAUGUGUAUAAGGUACCGUAGGUACAUUUGUUCAAUUUAAUAAUGUGGAAUUUCACAUAAAUUCUAAUAUAAUUCUAGUCCGUUACGUAAACAGUUUUAUGUAUAAAAGUAUGAAAGUAAAAACAUUGU